AUGGACGGGAAGCUUCUGCUAAGUACACACUUCGAAACCGUGCUUGCCAAUAGAGAUUGUGACCUUACAACACUCCAGCCAUGCAACCAUUCCGAGGCAGACACGAGGAUCCUCCUGCAUCUGGCACAUGCUGUACAGCAGGGUCAUACAACAACCUAUGUUCGCACGGUGGACAGCGACGUCGUAGUAAUUGACAGUCAGGUUUUUCGAUACGCUCGGCCUAUCGGAGCUCUGGGUUGGUUUCUGAACCGGAAAAAGUACUGUGACAUUCCAGUCCAUGUCCGGCAUUCCAACCUUGGUCCAUCAAAGUCUCUCGCGCUACCCCUCUUCCAAAGCUUAACUGGGUGCGACACAACUUCGCAGUUCCUUGAUUGUAGCAAGAAGACUGCCUGGGCAGCCUGUACCAGCUUAUCGGACCUAACGGACACAUUAGUGUCUCUCACGGAAGACCCUACACUCUUCAGUAUCGAUUUUGUGCACAUGCAGCGGAUUGAACGAUUCGUUGUCCUUAUAUACAGCAAGGGCUGUGGUGUUGCCAGAGUGAACGAAGCGAGGCAUCGUCUCUUCACCAAUGGAAGCAGAUCAUUGGAAAACCUCCAACCUACCCAAGCGGCUCUAUUCCAGCAUGUGAAACGAGGAUUAUUGCAGGCCAGUUUCUACUGGGAUAAGGCCACCUCCAUCCAGCAAGAAAUCCCCAAUUUUUUGAGUCGGGCUGACAUAAAGAUGGAACCAUUGGCUGACAUAAAGAUGCACCUUUAUGGACCACACUCACAGAUGCUUCAGUGGCAUGCGCCAUUCUAUUGCACUCCAUUGGCCACAAGGCAUGCCAAUUAA